AUGGAAUGUCUCCGGCCAACGGCGGAGGGAGGGAGAGCGACGGGCGGCUCUCCGCACCGCCCUGCGGCCCGGCACCCAGGUACGGCGGAGCGAGCGCUCGGCGAAGGGGGAUUUCCUCGGUCCGGUCCCCCGCGCGGCCGCUGGGAGGCUCCGCCGCUCGCCCCGGCCCCGGCGGCGCCGCCGCCGCGCCACCCGCCCCCCGCCCCCGCAGGGCCCGCUCCGAGAGCCCCGCACGCACCGCGGGGCACGGCCGCGGGCUGCGGCGGCGGCGGCGGAGGAGGAGAAGGAGGAGGAGGAGGAGGAGGCGGCGGGAGCGCGGCACGCAGCCGGGGAUGGGAUAUACAAAAACACAAAGGAAAAGCGGCCGGACUGCUCGGGGGGCAGAAGGCUGCAAGUUUUGCUUUUCUUGAAACUGUACUCGAAACUGUUCGCUGUCUGGGAGUCUACGGGAAAGUACGCGAGAGGAGUUCUUUGCCUGGGGUUGUAGCUCGCUUCGUUAUUGCUAAGGGGGGAAAUAAGCACCGAAGGCGCUUCGGCUUUACCCAGCGGCCGCGAGCACCGAUCGCACAGCGGCGGGCAGCGCUCCGGGACCCCGCGGAACCCCGCAGCGGCGGCGGACGGGCGCAGCCCGAAGAGGAGCGGCGGAGCGAGAGCACAAAGACGGGACCGAGACCGGGACCGAGCCCAGCCCGGACCGACGGACCGCGGGUUUCACCGCCGAGAAGCCGGCGGAGCUCCGAACCACACCUCGGGGGGGGGCCGGGGCAGCGCUCGGCGGUUCCUUUCCUCGCAUCAAUUUCCACUUCAAGAAAUAACCCCCGCCCGCGCCCGAAAUAAAAUAAAAUCA